CGCCGCCCCCGGCAAGCGCGUUCCGCGGGAGGGCGGGGAUCCGUUGCGCGCGCAGGAGGCAUCCGGUGGGCUUCAGCGACGUUCCCGCCGCCUUCGUCGUGGUGACCUUUGCCGGGCAGGAUGGCGCAUCGGCAGCGGAGCCCUCUCCGGCCACCAGCUCCUUGGAGUCAAGGAAGAAAGCGAGGUGCAGAUGGCAAACACAGAAACACACAUGAACUAAGCUCACUCACUUUUGAUGGUGAAAAUACAUGCAAUCCAGUAGACAGUCGGCCAGACAGUUUCACAACGCCAGAAGGCCAUAAACCUCGUUCAAGAUGCUUGGACUGGGCAACUGCUGUUGAAGAGGAUGAAAUGAGGACUAAUGUUAAUAAAGAAAUGGCAAGAUACAAAAGGAAACUCUUGAUGAAUGAGUUCGGAAGAGAAAGAAAGCUAUCUACAGGAAGCUCUGAUUCUAAAGAGUCCACGGGAGCGGUGGAACUUGAAACUGAUGAAGUUGUUUUAAUGAGGAGACAGAAGCAAAUAAAUUAUGGGAAGAACACGCUAGCAUAUGACAGAUAUAUUCGAGAAGUUCCAAAGAGUUCACGAGUUCCGGGGGUCCAUCCAAGAACUCCCAAUAAAUUCAAGAAAUAUAGCCGAAGAUCUUGGGAUCAACAAAUCAGACUUUGGAAGGUUGCUUUGCAUUUUUGGGACCCUCCUGCUGAAGAGGACUGACUUGAAAGUGAUUAGUCCUGUUGAUUUGGAAACAUCUGUAGGAAGUAAUUCUGCUGGGUCUCAAGCAAAUUUCCAGGAUGAUGAUGCAAGCAGCUUGAAGCUUGCGACUAAAUCAGCAAGAACUAACUAGCCUGUUUGCCGACGCGUCUGUCUCUGGCAUCUAGAUCCUUGUCCAGCUUUGAGAUACUUCCAUAAUAGAACCCAGUUUGUGUUUGCUGAAAUAGACUGAACAUGGGGUCCCUCUCAAGAGUACUUCCCUAUCAAGUUGCCUGGAAGCAGUUGAACAAGUGGCUGUUUCCAAGGUUCAGUUAACCUGAUUAUUUCUCGUUCUUACUAAAAGAUGGGCUAGCUUCAGCUGAUGUAGAAUUGUAUCUGAAUGUUCUGUUUGCAUCUUAAAGCAUGUGUUUUGAAAGAGUUCUUAUAUCCAGUGUGUUGGCAAUGAAGAACUUCAUUUAUUAAAUACGAUCUAUUUUAUCA